AUGGCAAAUAGUACGUGGAAGUUAGUUGUUACUACGGCUCUUAUAUCGUUGUUUUCAACUCAACUAGCCAAAAGUGUAUGGAAUGAAUAUAAACUUUCAUGUGCGGCUAAUAAGAAUAAAACCGCAUCACAACCUCGUCAAUAUGAUGAGCACUUAUUUAGGGAACAAUUGGCUCGUAACUAUGCAUUUCUCGGUGAAGAAGGUAUGAGCAAGAUCAAAGAACAGUAUAUAGUUAUAGUUGGCGCUGGAGAAGUGGGGUCGUGGGUAUGCACAAUGUUAAUUCGUUCAGGCUGUCAGAGGAUUAUGAUUAUUGAUCCGGAAAACAUAUCUAUUGACUCCUUGAACACCCAUUGUUGCGCAGUUUUAUCAGAUAUUGGAAAGCCCAAAGUCCAAUGCUUGAAAGAAUACUUGUCUAAGGUUGCUCCUUGGUCCGAAAUAAAAGCAAAGGCUAAGACUUGGACCAAAGAAAACUCACACGACUUAAUUUUUGCAGAUGGUGAGUCCCCAACUUUUAUCGUGGAUUGUCUAGAUAAUCUAGAAUCCAAGGUGGAUCUAUUAGAGUACGCCCAUAACAAUAAAAUAAGCGUUAUCUCUUCCAUGGGUGUCGCCACCAAAUCAGAUCCAACCCGUGUAAAUAUAAAUGAUAUAUCGAUGACAGAAUUUGACCCUAUAUCUCGUUGUGUGAGAAGAAAAUUGAGGAAAAGAGGUAUCGUCACAGGAAUUCCUGUUGUUUUUAGUAAUGAAAUGCUUGACCCACGUCGGGACGACGUACUCUCUUCCAUAGAUGGCGAACACUGUGCGAUCAAUGCCAGUAGAGAUGAAGCUCUAAGACAUUUACCGGAAUUAGGAACCAUGCCUGGUAUAUUUGGUUUGAGUAUUGCGACAUGGAUUUUAACCAAAGUUUCCGGCUACCCAAUGAAAGAAAAUGAAGUCAAGAAUAGGCUAAAGUUUCAUGACGGCAUCCUAGAGACUUUCCAAAAGCAGAUGGCGCGAUUGAAUGAAAACAAAGAUCAAUCAUCAUUGCUUGGGUUGAAAGAGGUCGGUUAUAUAGUCGAAGAAAUGUUUAGAGGCAAAUCUCCUAUUAGUGGAUACUCUACAAAACUAGCUCUAACAAAAUGGGAGGCCAACAAAGCGGUUUCCUUAACUAAUGUUGUUCUAAUGACGAAAGAAGAGCAAGAAAUUCACGAAAAGAGGAUUUUGCUGGAUGGUGAAAAACUAACAGCUGUAUACUCUAGCGAAGUUCUCAAUGUUAUUGAGAGGGUUUUUAAAGAAGAGGAGUACUACUUUUAG